CUGACCUUCAGGAGGAAACUGAGAGCGGGGAGGACGGAGGGAGGCGUGAUUGCUCCCAGGAGCUUUCAUUAACAGGUAAUGGACCUAAUGAUGACAUCUUACACACAUGAUGGUGGAAAAGAAGAACAGGAAGUGAUGCCACUGGAGCAGAGGCUGCUGAUUGGAUAGGAGAUUCCCAGGCAGCUGCAAUAAAACUUGAUGUGUGAAGCCAGAAGAAGACACAGAAACAGAGCGAGGCAACGCAGCAGAGAUCAGCUCCACACUGAAGAUGCAGUUCUGCUUCUGUUUGCUGCUCCCCGGCCUCCUGUCCUUCACUCUGCUCCGCUGCAGCGUCGACGGCCUCAGAGUCCAACCGCAACCUGCUCGGCAGGUAGACCAGCCCAUUUUGAGAUUUCAUGCAGCCCCUCAGUCCCGCCCUGUAGGUGUGAAGGUGGGGGAGGAGCUGACGGCAAAACUGCUCCAAUCGGAUCACCUGAUGAGGAUGGAAAAUGAUGUCAUGGAGCCAAAGAGGAAGAGGAGCUUUCCCAUCAACAACGUACCGCUGGACCGCCUGUCCAUCAGCUCCAUGGAAACGAAGCAGCAAGGGUCAGACAAGCAGAGUAAGGUGGUGGAGUCGCCACGGCGACGACUCAAUCCACCGCCCAUUGACAGAAUCGGGAUGGGUCGUCUGCCAAACGGCAGAGGGUAGGCCACAUCCCCUCCGUCUGAAAGCCCACCCUCUCUCCACAGCGCUCUCACUGGGCAGAUGCAUGAAACCGCCAAUCACCUGCUGAACCACGCCCACCCUCACUUCACCUGGACACGCCCACCUGACACCCUCACUUCACCUGGACAGCCCAACACAAAGCAUGACUGUUCAAUGAUGGUGCGUUCAAAUGCAGCUCCGUAAAGUCGGCACACAUAGAGAGGAAGUGAUUUCAACAACACCUGCGAUUUGCUUCCAUGGCAACUCGUUUUAACAAGCAUUUUAUUUACCUGUAAAACUUACAGGUAAAUAAAACUUUUUUAAAAUACUGAAUUUAAUCAAGGUGAAAUCUGUAAUGUGAGCAAAUCUCGAAUUAGCAGCACCAACAAAUAUCCUGACGUGUGAGAUUAAAUAUACUUAUUAGUUUCCACCAAUGAGAAGCUUUGAUUUCAGAUUUAUUAAGAAAUAAAUAUGUUACAACUUCAAAAUUUGUAUUUGGAUAAAAUCAGAGCCUGAUCCCAGAAAGAUCAAAUCAUCAGAAUCGAGCAACUUUGACUAUAAUAAGAAUAAUUUGGAUGUUUUGAGUUUUUUCAUUUAUAAUUUUUUCAUCUUUUUGAUUCUUUGCAUUUAAUAUAUAAUUAAAAAAAUUAAAGGUUAGAGUUUGAACAUUUUAACCUCAUUAGGAUUAGUGUUAGGGAACAAUAAUGCUGCAGUUUUCCGAGUGUCACCUGAAUGCACCAUCGCCGGCUCCUGCUGUUGGGACCCUGACUGGAGGCGUUGUUGCCUCGACUGCCCUCGCAAACGUCCAACACCAAUCGAGUUUCGUCCUCGCACGUUUGUCUCAGAGUUGUGCCGCAGGACUGUUUCCACAGCAACGGCACAUUUCUACUGCGACCGUAAACAGUGGACAAAGCUACUGUUACGUCAUCUCAAAGUCAUGAGAUUAGCAUUUUCAUCAUCAACACCUUAGUCGCAAAGCAGACUUCCUGUUCAAUAUGACCCAAGAUGAGUGACUGAGUCCAUCAGCAGCAAAGUGUUUACAGAGGUCAGAGGUCAAGCUUCUACAGCACUGGAAGUCUUUUUGCAACUGCAGCAGUCGCCACCUGGUGGCUUUUUGAUAGAAUGCAGGUUUAACUCUCCUGGAUUAGCUUUAUUUUCCUCACCAGGAAACUACGUCCAUGUUUUAUACCAUCUAUGACUGAGAAAAAAAAUAAAAUAAUAGUCCAAAAACAGGUUUAAGCGUCCGAGUGGCGCUGCAGUGGAAACCGUCCUGCUCACUGAUUCUGUUCUGAUGUGCUUCUUCCUGCCCGAGUUUAACUGUGCUUAAUAAAAAGAAAAUGACAAUGAAGUUCUGAGUGUGACUGAUUUUUUCUCUUUUUCAACCCCUUGAGGAUUUUAGAUCAUGUGCUAAAGGCUACAGUUCCACUAAUGUCCACUAGAGGCUCCACCAGUAAGUCCCUCCCCAUGCUCCCAGAAAUAAACAUGCGUACAGCCAGGUGAGUUUUUGUUGAGUCUUUAUUAAGAAAAGAUCAUGUGAUCCGAAACAGUGCACACAGAACGUCUGGUUCACACAAUCCACGAAUGAUCCGGAUCAAUCAGAGUCCCGGCAUUUCCUGUGUGAACUCAUCCACUGAGGACUUCUGUACAGCUGCUAUGGGAGCAGAGAAGGGAGAUAAUGGACCAGACUAUCAGCAAAAUACAAACACCUUCACAUUCAGAGACGGAGAGCGCAGACGAGACUUCACCCUCAAAUCCAAACCAGAGAACUUGAAUGUACUCUGGACAAGAAACUCCAAAAUGAUCCUCUGAUUACACAACACGUUCAUCUUUAACCCAGCAACUGUCAGCAUGGCAGUUUACAAAAUAUAUUAAAAAAAAGAAAGAAAGAAAGAAAACAAGCUAACUACUAAUACAAGCUAAUACCACAGAGCAAUUUAGUCUUUAAAUGUAGGCAAAUGGCUUGAAGAUUACAUAAGAAUACAGAUGUUUAGGACAAUGCUAGCUCACAGCUAACAUUAGCUAUUGUUAAGAACACAGCCAGUUAAAUCAGAUGACAUUAUGCUAAUGUUAGCCAAAAAUGCUCAAACGCUUAAAAUCAACAUUUUAUCUGCAAUGCUACCUUCAAAAAUCAGUGCCUUUGUUAAAUUAGCUUUCCCUAAGGUCAGUGUUAUCAUGCUAACUUCCAAAACUGGGCUAAGAGAUAAAUAUAAAUAAAAUUAGCUUCACCUCCAAACCAGCUAAGAUAAUAACAGUGUAAUUUGCUGACAGCUAAAAAUAGCUGUCACCUCUAAGGUGAAGCUAACAUUAGCUAAUAUGAUAGCAUUUGUUUAAUUAAUUUGUUUUUUCUGAUGUAGCUCAAUGCUAGCUACCAAAACAGCCAGUUAACAAAGCUAAAAUGACUUUGAUGUUAGUUUCACUUUGAAGUUAUCUAUGUUAACCAUUCCUUAGAACUAUUAAGGUUUAUAGCAUUAGCUUAAAUUACUGAUGUCUGCAUUAUUGAUAGCUAGAAACUAUUAUGGUUUACUUUAAAACAUGUGAUCACUAACUCCGCCCAAUGAACCGUGCAUCACCACCAAUUUAAAGGCGAACAACGAUGUUCUACUCAAAAGAACACAAGAAAGUAAAGUGACAGGGCUGAUAAUAAUAUGUGGCCAUAGUUCAAUAUUCACUGUUAGCAUAUAGAUAAACAUGAAUGUUGGCUUAGAAGGCUUACAGACCUUAAUAGUUUUGACAUAAGGCUAACAUAGCUAGCUAAUAUAAGCUAUUGCUGCACUUUUUUUUUUCAAGACAAAGCUAAUGUAGAUUGCUAACAAUAACAUCAUAAUUUUUGUUGUGCUAGCUUUACAGCCAACUCACUCUGAGCCGAGGUAAAGCUAAAACAGUAGGCUAUUUUUACAGAUUUUAUUAGCUCCGUAGCAUAGCAAAUGUAGAUGACUGCUAACAUGACUCAGCUUUUGAUACAACAUCAUCAUAAAUAACAGCUUCAUCUUAAAGAAAUACAAACACUCGCUAACAUUUUAGACUUUGAGAUAAAAAUGCUGCCAAUAAUAAACAACAACAAAAUAAAAAAAAGAAAAGAAAAGAAAAUA